AUGUCGGGUUUUCUUCCAAUGGCGAGCAAGACCGUUACGGUUCUUUUGGCGUGUGCCUCGUACGCUGCCGCGCUUCGAGUCCCCCGAUACGCGACUGUUGCGUCGAGGGAAGUUGUCUCCGAGACGAAAUAUGACUUUGUCAUUGCUGGCGGAGGAGUCUCUGGUCUUACUGUCGCCGACCGGCUGACUGAGGACCCGAGUAUCAAUGUUCUCGUCAUCGAGACCGGUCCCUUUGAUAAGGACGAGGACAGCGUCCUUGUGCCCGGCGCGUUUUUCCCCGUGCCGUACCUUUGGCUCGGCUUGACGAGCACACCGCAGGCUGCCCUGAAUAAUAGGAGCUUUCCGGUUCCCGCUGGACGUGUUGUUGGAGGCGGCUCGGUCGUCAACGGCAUGGUGUUCGUCCGCGGUGGAAGGACUGAAUUCUCCGGCUGGGAGAAGCUGGGGGCCGAGGGCUGGGGUUUCGACGAUCUUUUGCCGUAUUUUAAAAAGAGUGAAAACUUCACGGCGCCUCCAAAAGACUUUGCAGACGCCGCGAACAUUUCAUGGGUCGAGUCGGCACAUGGCCACGACGGUCCGGUCCAGGCGUCGUAUCCCAACUACUUCUUCCCCGGAGCCGAGAACUUCUGGCAGGCCGCCCUCGAGAGCGGUCUCACGCCCUCCCCGGACCCGAACGGCGGCGACCGCGCAGUGGGUCUCUUCAACUUCCCCACUCUCGCCGACGCCACCACCCGCACCCGGAGCCACGCCCGGCUUAACCACUACACCCGCGUCAAGGACUCCCGGCCAAACUACCACAUCCUCGCCGAGCACACCGUCUCCAAGGUCCUGUUCGACGGCAAGCGCGCCGUCGGGCUGGAAUACCUACCCACUGCCGGCGGCGACAAGGUCAAAGUGUACGCGAAGAAGGAGGUCCUCCUUGCCGCGGGCGCUCUGCACACGCCUCAGCUUCUCCAGCUUUCCGGCAUCGGGGCGAAGAAGUUCCUUCAAAGCUUUGGCAUCGACGUCAUUGCUGAUCUCCCGGGUGUCGGCGAGAACUUCCAGGAUCAGGGAGAGUUGAAGGUUCCCUACACCAUCGCGAAACAAAUCUUCCCCAACUCGGGCGCUCUCGACACAAACUCCACCUACGACGCGGAACAACGCGCCCUCUACGACGCAGAAAAGAAAGGCGCGUACACCAUCGUCCGCACCCUCUCCACCAACCUCGCCCUCCCCCCGCUCUCCAACACGACGUCGACCUGGAAGGACAUCAUCGCCGCAGCCAACAAGAACAAACCGCUCACAUACCUUGCCCCAGGCACACCUUCCUCUGUCCAGGAAGGCUACAAGCGCCAGCGGGCUCUCAUCCUGGACCAACUCUCGGGACAAGACGUGCCGCUCGGUAUGGUGCACUGGGGCACCGGCAACAGCGUCACUCUGUACUUCCUCAAGCCGCUCAGCCGCGGUUCCGUCAAGAUCAACUCGACGGACCCCCUCGCGCAGCCCGUCAUCGACUUCCGCACCGCGUCGGACCCAAUCGACUUCGACCUCGCGGCGGCGCUCUUCGAGAAGAGCAAGGAAAUCAUGUCCGCGCCCGCGAUGAAGGUCCUCGGCCCGCAGAUGUCCGCGCCGUUCGCGGGCGCCACGGGAGACGAGUUGAAGGAGCUGCUGAGGGCGAACAUGGCGCCUUCCAACGCGCACUCGUGCUGCACUGCUGCGAUGGUGCCCAAGGAGAAGGGCGGCGUCGUGGAUACGCAGAUGAGGGUGUACGGGGUCAAGGGACUCAGGGUCAUUGACGUUAGUUACUGGCCCAUGGUCAUGACUGCCGCGCCGACUGCUACCACGUAUGCGUCCGGUGAGAAGAUUGCGGAUGUCAUCAAGAAGGAGUAUGGGAUUAAAUCUUUGUAG